GUUCGAUUUCUCUUUGGGCGAUAAUGAACUUUUGUUUGGCCUGAUUAGGCAAAAGAUUGUUAGAAGUCCCCAAUCCAAUCUCUGCAAUCCCUAAAUCGAAUACUCGGAUAAUUUUCUUCUAGGCAAGUUCCAAAUCUCCAAUGGAUAAAUCGAACCCUGAUCAAUCUCCAGGUAAAAAAGAAACGGAGCCUCUAGUGCAAACCGAGAAACACCAAACACAAAACAAGGAAACUCAUGGAUUACGUGAUGAUAUUGAUGCCAAUACUCCAAUUAAUGAUGUGAAAGGUCCAAAUGUGUUUGAAAGAGUAAAAGAGGAAUUUGAAGCCAUAACUGUAUCGAUUCAUUCUAGAGAUAAAAAUCAAGAUUCACCUUCAAGCAUCCAAGGGGGUGACACCACAUUCACAGGCACUCCCAGUAAACUAAAGAUAGAAAACCUACGAGUACAAACAGGAACAUAUAAAGAGAAGUCACCACAUCAUAAAGAGACACAUGGAAGGGGAGAGGAGAUUGAUGUGAACACCCCAAUCAGUGAAUUCAAAGGCCCUAGCAUCUUUCACAGGGCUAAAGAAGAGAUUGAAGCCAUUGUUGACACUAUGAAUACAAAGAAAGAAUCUGAACGUGAGGCUGCAUCACCAAAGAAGGAAGGUAGCUUUCAAGUUAAACUUAGUAAAGUCAAAGUAGAAAACCUAAAAGGAGAAGCAGAAACAAGUAAAGAGAAGUCACCACAUCAUAAAGAAACUCAUGGGAGAGGUGAAGACAUUGAUGUGAACACACCAAUCAGUGAGUUCAAAGGUCCUAGCAUCUUUCAUCGAGCCAAAGAAGAGUUUGAAGCCAUUGUUGACACUAUAAACACAAAGAAAGAAUCCGCAUCACCCAGAAAGGAAGGUGGAUUAAGAGCUAAAAUGAGUAAACUUAAGAUAGAUAAUGUGAAAGUGCAAGGAGAAACAAAUAAAGACAAGUCACCAAUGUCUCAUCAUAAAGAGACUCAUGGAAGGGGAGAUGAGAUUGAUGUGAACACCCCAAUCAGUGAAUUCAAAGGCCCUAGCAUCUUUCAUAGGGCUAAAGAAGAGAUUGAAGCCAUUGUUGAUAGUAUUCAGUCAAAGAAAGAAUCUGAUGCAUCACCAAAAAAGGAAGGUGGAUUCCGAGCUUCUGUUAGUAAAAAGCUACAGAGAGUUUAUAGUAAGGGCAAGAAUCGUGAUUGAGAUCUUCAUUUAUAUUAACCGAGUUGAAUCAGCAUAUGUUAGAAGGACAUGAUCCAUGAUCCAUGAUGUGUACACUAAUACUGCAAAUUUCAUGGUUCUCAAAGAUUGGAUAAUUUUAAAGAAAGCUAUGUUGUUUUUA